AUGAGGCAUAGUUGUAUCCCGGUGAAUUUGAGCAGCAUCAAUGAAAAGUUAACAAAAACUCAACGUGCUCACAUCGAAUGCACCCCAUUCAAAUGGGCGAUGGGUAUUUCUAACAACUUCUCAAUCUCAGGUGGUUUAUUAUGGGAGUUGGUAAGUAGAUGGGAUGUACGUAGUAGGGGAUUUAGGGUUAGGGAUAAAAUAGUUCCCUUCACUCCAGUUGAUGUUUCUUUUGCUCUUGGAUUGUCAAUUGUUGGUAAGUCUCUAGUAGUAGAAGAAGAUCAACAAUGUGAAACAUUAGAUCUAUUUAAAGGGGCUGAUAUAACCAUUAACAAUAUCCGCAAACAACUUCGUUACCAUAAGAAAAAAUUAGUUAAUUUUGUUAGACUUUACAUAUUACUUGCAUUUGCGGAGUUUUACUUUCCCAAAACAGGGAAUAAGGUAUUUACGGGAUUUGUUAAGCAAUUGGAUGAUUUGGAUUCCCUUGAUGCCCAUAGUUGGGGCAUUGCGGUUUAUAACUUUGUGGUUUCUAGUUUAUGUGAGUCUUCAGUUGUGUUGAAGGAGGGAAAAAACAAGGCACAAAGACAUUUAAACGGGUGUGCUGCCAUAUUGCAGAUUUGGGCAUUCAACCACUUAUCUUUGGGGAAAGCACCAACUGUUUCUAGGUUUAGUUUUCCACGUGUAUUGAAUUGGCCGGUUAUAAGUAUGCAGAAGAAAAAUAUUGAAAAAGCAUUUGAAAAAAAUAUGGUAAGAUUUUGUGUGUUUGAAUUGAGAAAAUUAUUUUUUCUAUUGAUGUGUGUUGAUUGACUUUUAUUUUGUUAG